UUCUCUUUUAGCUGUUUCCCGUAAUGUAAGUGACUUAGUUGGACGACAUUUUGUUAGUCCUUAGUGUAUUAUCGUGUGGUGUUGUGUCAAAUGCCGUAGGCCCACAACCCACCAAACCCAAAAAAAAGUGCAUAAUUGAUCAAAAACACAAAAAAAUAUUAAAAGUAUUCAUGAAAACCCCAAAAAAAUCGUAAAAUAGUGAAAACCAAGUUAACGAUAAUAGUAAAUAUUUUCGUGUCGACGGAAGCAUUUGAAGCGAUUUACAGUUGUGCAAGGUUGUUCCACGGCUUAGAAAAAUGAAUGCGGGUGCCCCCAAUUAUCCCAUGGCGUCUCUGUACGUCGGGGAUCUACAUACUGAUAUAACUGAGGCUAUGCUUUUCGAGAAAUUCUCGACUGCUGGACCCGUUCUAUCCAUCCGCGUUUGCAGGGAUUUGAUAACCCGUCGUUCUCUUGGCUAUGCCUACGUGAAUUUUCAACAACCUGGUGAUGCUGAAAGGGCUUUGGAUACCAUGAAUUUUGACUUAAUAAAAGGACGUCCCAUUAGGAUUAUGUGGUCCCAACGUGAUCCAUCUCUGCGUAAGUCUGGGGUUGGAAAUGUGUUUAUCAAGAAUUUGGACCGUUCCAUUGAUAACAAGGCCAUGUACGAUACUUUCUCUGCUUUCGGUAAUAUACUUAGCUGUAAAGUUGCCCAAGACGAAAAUGGCACGAGCAAAGGGUAUGGCUUUGUUCAUUUUGAGACCGAAGAAGCUGCCAACAAGUCAAUUGAGAAGGUGAAUGGAAUGUUACUGAACGAGAAGAAAGUGUACGUCGGGCGUUUCAUCCCCCGUAAAGAAAGAGAAAAGGAACUAGGAGAAAAGGCUAAGUUAUUCACUAACGUUUACGUCAAAAAUUUCGGUGAAGAAUUAACCGAGGAACAACUACGUCAAAUGUUCGAGCAAUUUGGGGCUAUAACAAGUUACAAGAUUAUGAGCAAAGAUGAUGGAAAGUCUAAGGGAUUUGGAUUUGUUGCAUUCGAGACACCAGAGGCUGCUGAGGCAGCUGUAGAAACUUUGAAUGGUAAGGAAUUAGUUGAAGGAAAAUUACUCUACGUUGGAAGGGCUCAGAAGAAAGCAGAGCGUCAGCAAGAGCUCAAGCGAAAAUUCGAAGCGCUGAAGCUCGAGCGAUUAAACCGGUAUCAAGGUGUGAAUUUGUAUGUCAAGAACCUUGACGACACCAUUGAUGAUGAGCGAUUACGCAAAGAAUUUUCGCCCUUUGGUACUAUCACUUCUGCUAAGGUGAUGAUGGAGGAGGGUAGAAGCAAAGGUUUCGGCUUUGUAUGUUUUUCAUCCCCCGAGGAGGCAACCAAGGCUGUUACAGAGAUGAAUGGUAGAAUUGUGGGUACUAAACCGUUAUAUGUGGCACUUGCUCAAAGGAAAGAAGAUCGUAAAGCACAUCUUACAUCACAGUAUAUGCAGCGAAUGGCAAAUAUUCGUAUGCAUCAAAUCGGGCCAUACAUGCAACCCGGAGCCCAAAGCUAUUUUGUUCCAACUAUGCCGGCUCCGCCUCAAAGAUUUUACGGCGCAGCACAAGUGGCUCCAAUAAGAAGCAGUCCAAGAUGGCCAGCUCAGGCCCAAGUAAGACCAGGCACUCAGGGCGCCGCUGCGGCCUAUUCCAACAUGCAGCAGAAUGCCUAUAGGGCAGCUGCACGACCACCAAACCAGUCUGCUGCUAUGCGUAACAGCAUUAGCAACAUGCCACGCCCAAUUACUGGACAACAACCACCAAACAUACAAGGACGACCACUCGGAGGACAAGGUGUCGUGGCAGCCACAGCUAACCGGCCAUCGACUUACAAGUACACACCCAACAUGCGUAAUCCACCUCAGGGACUCGGAAUGACUAAUGCUGCUCCUGUGCAGCAGGCCGUACACAUACAAGGUCAAGAACCCCUCACCGCCACCAUGUUGGCAGGAGCAACACCACAGGAACAGAAGCAAAUGCUAGGUGAACGUCUGUUCCCGCUUAUCGAACGCAUGUACUCUAAUCUGGCGGGUAAAAUUACCGGUAUGUUGUUGGAAAUCGACAACUCUGAGUUGUUGCACAUGUUGGAACAUAAUGAGUCUCUCAAGGCGAAAGUGGAAGAAGCUGUUGCUGUCUUACAGGCUCAUCAAGCCAAACAGCAAAUCAAAAAAGAGUAAAACUUGCAAAACUCUAAAAAAAAUGUUAAAAGUCCAACCAACCAAAAGCGUGAAUAAUUAGAGAGCAUCUUAAUAACUGUAAGCUCAUACAUUUCGUGCUCUUUGUUUUUGGAUACUGGUUGAAAUUGAACUGUUCCAUAUUCAUACUUUUCUUGAUUUUUCCUUAUUUUUAUUAACUAUGAUGCCUACUUUAUAUUGUAUCUCUCGUUUUAAUGAUUUUGGUUUAUCGGACAUUUUUCUGGGAAAUAAAAUUUUAAAAAUGUAA